AUGCCUUUAAAGAAAUCAAUUAUAAAACCUUAUGAGAACGAUUUUGAAUGGAUUGGAAAGGGUAUUGAAUCAAGUGAAGGAAUUUUUUUUUAUAAAGCAGUUUGUUGUGAAAAGGAAACAUUUUACAUAGGGGAUUGUAUCUUAGUACGUAGUAAUAGUGGCAAAGGAUCAUGGGCAGCAAUGAUCACAUGUUUUUAUGAAACGAAAUUAGGUGAAAAAAUGGCAGAUUUAUUGUGGUUUGAACGAAGUACUCAUAUACGACGAGAAAAACAACGACAUCCUAUAUGUCAUAGUGAAUUAUUUAUUUGUGGAACUAAGGAUUCUAAUGAACUUUCUGUUUUUCAAAGAAAAAUUCAAGUUAUUUCAUAUGAUGCUUUUAUUAAAAGAUAUCCAAAAGGAUUGACAAGGUAUAUGAAUGAUUACGAUAAAGUAUUUUAUUGCAGAAGUGGUUUUCAUUCAAGAAAAGAGAUUUACCUGGACUUCAUUGAUUGGGAUCAAUUUUAUCGUCAUCAAGAGACUGAUUUUGAUGCUUUAAUUGCAUGGGUAAACACUACUUGUAUACAGGCAUGUUCUGUACAAAAACAUUCAAAACAUAUAGAAGUGGAUGAGUCUGGAGCAGAUGAAUUAGUAAAAGAAGAAACAGUCAGUGAAAAUGAUGUUGAAAAUAGUGACAUUGAGGACAUUUAUAUGCCAGUGGAAUCAGAUGAAAGUUCAGAUAUUAUAAAUACGGAAGACGACGAAUCUAUUAAUAAUACUUUUUCAAACAAAACACCACAUAAACGUGGUAAAAGUACACCGAAACUAGUAACACCUGUAUCAGGACGUCGUAUGACAUCAGGUAAACGACGAUGCUAUAAAAAACAUCUGGAAAUGACGCCUUUACCGUUAAGAUAUCUUUUUUAUGACAAAUCUCAGCUUUCUCCUUAUCAAAGUGCAAGAUCAAGACUUCAUGUGUCAACUGUUCCUAUGUCAUUACCAUGUAGAGAGCGAGAAUUUUCUUUAAUCUAUUCUCAAGUACUAAAUGCACUUGAAGCAGGACAUGGUGAGUGUAUUUAUAUAAGUGGUCCUCCAGGAACAGGUAAAACGGUAACAAUUAAAGAAGUAGUGCGAUGUCUAUUUCAAAAAGUCGAUGAAGGCGAAAUAGAUGAUUUUAAAUAUGUUGAAAUUAAUGGUAUGAGAAUGAUUGAUCCAAAUCAUGCAUAUACAUUAUUAUGGGAAGCUUUGACAGAAGAAAGAGUUACUUCAAGACAUGCGUUGAUGCUUUUGGAAAAGCGAUUUUCUCAACCAAGUCCUAAUAGAGUCCCAUGUGUUGUAAUGAUUGAUGAACUGGAUCAAUUGGUGACAAAGGAUCAAAAAUUAAUGUAUAAUUUUUUCAAUUGGCCUGCUUUACAAUAUUCUCGCUUGAUUGUUAUUUCAAUUGCAAAUACAAUGGAUUUACCUGAACGUAUGUUAACUAAUAAAAUAUCUAGUAGACUAGGAUUAACACGUAUUGGCUUCUCAGGAUAUACAUUUGACCAACUACAAGUCAUUAUAAGGACAAGGUUACAGGGAAUUCCAGGUCAUUUAAUGGAUCAGGAUGCUAUCGAAUUAGCUAGUCGGAAAGUAAGCGCAAUAAGUGGUGAUGCUCGAAGAGCUUUGGAUAUUUGCCGUCGUGCUGUUGAGAUUGCAGAAAUAUCUGUUACUACAAAUGAAAAAUCUUCCCUAAUAAAUCAAGAUCAAAUAUAUCAUGGAAAAAUAACAAUGAAGACAAUUCAAAGAGCAAUUUCUGAACUAUCUGCUUCUCCUGUUCAGACUUAUUUGCGAACAAUUCCUUUGGCAUAUAAAGUAUUUUUAAUAUCUUUGAUGUUAAAAAUGAAACGAUCUGGUCUUUCUACUCAUAAACUUGGAGAAAUUAUAGAUAUCUGUCUUCGAAUGUGUAAAACCACUGAAAAACUUUGUCUUCAAGAGUUUUAUCGUUUAUCAAUAGAUAUAGAUCUUAAUCUUAUAAAUUCUGCUUUCGCUUUAGCUGAAGCUGGAAUUAUUUUUUUUAAUACAAAUGGAGGUAAAAGACAAGCACAUGUUCAAUUGAAAAUAGCUCCUCAAGAUGUUCAAAUGGCUUUACAAGAUGAUAUAGACUUUAGAGGUAUUCUAACAUAA